AGACCCUUUCAGCAGCUCACACAUCAAGAGAACAACAAUACACAUAUUCAACACCCAAUUGAAGACAUCCAAUAAAUCAAAGUUUAGCUUCAAGAAAGGAGGAGGAAGAAAGAAGGAGAAGAAUUGCAAUGGAGGGUUUGAUUCCAUAUCUUAUGCAUGCCAUGAGGAAGCAGAGGCCUCAGCACAGCUAUAGGUGCCUCUCUGACGCCUCCAACCGGAGCUACCAUUUGCUCACUGGGAGCGACUCCCACGAUGGCUCAUCCCACAGGAGGACCCGAUCUGAGUUCCUGCCGCCGGCUUCUGCUUCCAUGAUGGAGUUCUCCGAGCAGAGGUCUGCUUUUGAGUCGCCGCGGGGCUUGAACAGAGCAUCAGUGGCCUCCACUUCAACAACUACUGGGUCAAGUUUCGCAGGCAAAAGUUAUGGAUCCACCAAGAAUUUCAACAAUAUCUCUGAUCUCCGCCACCGGCGAUGAUCGGUCUAGUCAUCCUGCAAAUAACCGCAAGUGUUCAAAUCCAGUCCGUUGAUUCUUUUGCUGUUGUGUUUGUUUCUUCUUUUUUACUGGCUUUGUAAGAAAAUAAGAGGCCUAAAGCUGAACGUUGUAACGUGGGAGACUGUCUAAUUGUGAAAAAAAAUGGAUCUAAGUUAUGAAAUGUCACUCCAAGUUCAAGCA